GAGGCGCGGGGUGGUGCGGGCGGGUUUUGUCGCGGUGCUGCGGCCGCUGCCGCUGCUUUCCGUUCCCUAUGGAAGAAAUGGAAGAGGAGCUGAAAUGCCCGGUGUGCGGCUCCUUUUACCGGGAGCCCAUCAUCCUGCCCUGCUCGCACAACCUGUGCCAGGCUUGCGCCCGCAACAUCUUGGUACAGACACCGGAGUCGGAGUCUCCGCAGAGCCGUCGCGCCUCGGGCUCGGCCGUCUCCGACUAUGACUACCUGGACCUGGAUAAGAUGAGCCUGUACAGCGAGGCGGACAGCGGCUAUGGCUCCUACGGCGGCUUCGCCAGCGCUCCCACCACCCCUUGCCAGAAGUCCCCCAACGGAGUCCGCGUCUUCCCGCCGACCGCCCCGCCGCCCCCCGCCGCCCUGGCGCCGCCGCCGCCGCCGCGGAACGCCUGCCUCACCUGCCCGCAGUGCCACCGCAGCCUGGUGCUGGACGAGCGCGGGCUGCGGGGCUUCCCCCGCAACCGGCUGCUGGAGGGCGUCAUCGACCGCUACCAGCAGGGCAGGGCGGCGGCUCUGCGCUGCCAGCUCUGCGAGAAGGCGCCCAAGGAGGCGGCCGUCAUGUGCGAGCAGUGCGACGUCUUCUACUGCGAUCCCUGCCGCCUGCGGUGCCACCCGCCGCGGGGCCCGCUGGCCAAGCACCGCCUGGUCCCCCCGGCACAGGGUCGCGUCAGCCGCCGCCUCAGCCCCCGCAAGAUCUCCACCUGCACCGACCAUGAGCUGGAGAACCACAGCAUGUACUGCGUGCAGUGCAAGAGCCCCGUCUGCUACCAGUGCCUGGAGGAGGGCAAGCAUUCCAGCCACGAAGUCAAGGCCCUGGGCGCCAUGUGGAAGCUCCACAAGAGCCAGCUUUCCCAAGCCCUGAAUGGGUUGUCAGACAGAGCCAAGGAAGCAAAAGAGUUCCUGGUCCAACUCCGCAACAUGGUGCAGCAAAUCCAGGAGAACAGUGUGGAGUUCGAGGCCUGCCUGGUGGCCCAGUGUGACGCCCUCAUUGAUGCCCUCAACAGAAGGAAAGCUCAGUUGCUGUCCCGGGUCAACAAGGAGCACGAGCACAAGUUGAAGGUGGUGCGAGACCAAAUUUCUCACUGCACGGUCAAGCUGCGCCAGACCACGGGACUGAUGGAGUAUUGCCUGGAGGUCAUCAAGGAGAACGACCCCAGUGGCUUCCUGCAGAUCUCCGACGCUCUCAUCAGGAGAGUGCACUUAACUGAGGACCAGUGGGGAAAGGGAACACUCACACCCCGGAUGACCACGGACUUUGACCUGAACCUUGACAAUGCCCCUCUGCUGCAGUCCAUCCAUCAGCUCGACUUUGUCCAGAUGAAAGGUAAGAACAUUUCCAGUGCCUUUCAAAAGCCUGUCUCUGCUCAUGCUGAAUGCUUCUAUGCAACUCAUCACAGAGAACAGGCAGGAAAGGAUCGUUUCUCAUCUCCCAGCAAGCCCCAGACCCAGAGUUAUUCCUGUACUGUGUAUUCUGCACCCGUGGGCCAUCUGCCUCUUUGUUUCGGAUCCCUGGGCAGCUGUGUGCUAGACCAAGGUGCCAGGAGCUUGAUUUUGUGUGACAAUGCAAUAGGAAGCAUUCUGCAGGCUGGGACCAGGGUCUCAGGAGUAGCACAAGGCACUUCUGAAACCCCUGCUCACACACGUUCGCUUGCUCAAUGCUGAGUAGUAUCUGUUGUGGGCCA